ACUAAAUCAGCUUGUAAAUAUGAAGAUCAUAGCAGUGGUUGGUUUCAGAGAACAAAGGGUCAUAUUAUGUAAUUGGACUAAUAAACUAAUAACAUUUCCGGCAAAAUACCGGAAGUGGCGCAUUUCACGGACGAGAAUCCAUAAAACACAUUAUUAGACUGUUUCCCAAGGCUGCAUGAUAUAUUAAGCCCAUUUCAAAUUAAGAAUUCAUAAUUAAGCAUAAUUGUGAAUUCACAAACGCUACGAUUUAAUUAAAUAAUUAUAUACGAUGCAGUUCUAAUACAGUAUAUGCGCUUUAAUUAUUUACAUGCGUGUAGGUUACGUACGUGUGUCACACAGCCGCUCCGUUCACAGUAGUUCCACAGAACUGUUAUCAUUUACAUGUGUGGAGCAUCUCAAACUCCAUCUCUGCAUGUUGUUGUUUACUACCAAAAUAAGCUGAAGCUGGCCCUGAUUGGCCAGAGCUUAUUUGGACAGGAAGUGUACACAAACCUCCGCAAGCAGGGCCAUAAAGUGGUGGGCGUAUUCACAGUUCCUGAUAAGGACGGCAAGGCGGACCCCCUGGCGGUGGUGGCGGAGAAGGAUGGGACGCCGGUGUUUAAGUUCCCACGGUGGCGGGUGAAGGGUAAGCCCAUCCCAGAGGUGGUGGAGGCAUAUAAAGCGGUGGGCGCCGAGCUGAACGUCAUGCCUUUCUGCUCCCAGUUCAUCCCCAUGAAUGUAAUCGACUUCCCAAAACACGGCUCCAUCAUUUAUCACCCCUCCAUCCUGCCUAGACACAGAGGAGCCUCUGCCAUUAACUGGACACUAAUCGAGGGUGAUAAGAAAGCAGGAUUUAGUAUAUUCUGGGCUGAUGAUGGUUUGGACACCGGCCCCAUCCUGCUCCAAAAGGAAUGUCCAGUAGAGCCCAACGACACAGUGGACACACUUUAUAACCGCUUUCUGUUUCCAGAGGGCAUCAAGGCCAUGGUAGAAGCUGUACAGCUCAUUGCAGACAGCAAAGCUCCAAAGAUCCCUCAGUCUGAAGAAGGAGCCAGCUAUGAGGGAAUCCAAAAGAAAUCCAAUGCUAAGGUGAAUAUGGCUCAGCCAGCAGAGGCCAUCCAUAACUGGAUCCGCGGUCAUGAUAAAGUUCCGGGUGCCUGGGUUGUCAUCGAUGGAAAGCCAGUAACGCUGUACAGCUCAUCAAUGCUGAGCGGGUCAGUGCCUGCAGGUCAGCCAAUCGAGGUGGAAGGGGCUUCUCAGCCUGGACUCAUUGCCAAAUCUGGGCUCAUUCUGUUUGGGUCUGAUGGAAAAGCGCUCCAGGUGAAGAACCUGCAGUUUGAGGAUGGAAAGAUGAUUCCUGCAUCCAAAUACUUCUCGUCAGAUGAGGCUGCCAGUUUGGAUCUCACAGACGAUGAGAAGAAAAUGGCAGAGGAAAUCAGGGCGAUCUGGAAAGGUAUUCUGAGUAAUGUAGCAGUUAUUGAUGACACAACCGAUUUCUUUAAGUCUGGAGCUGCUUCUAUGGAUGUAGUCAGAUUAGUGGAGGAGGUGAAGCAGAAAUGCGAAGGAGUUCAGCUUCAGAAUGAGGAUGUCUACAUGGCCACCACCUUCCAGAGCUUCAUCCAGAUGUUCGUCCGCCGCCUGCGCGGAGAAGACCAGGAGGAGGAGCUGGUCAUCGACUACGUGACAAAAGACGUCAAUAACAUGACAGUGAAGAUGCCAUAUCAGUGUUUCAUCAACGGCAACUUCGAAGAUGCCGAAGAUGGAAAGACAUACAACACUGUGAACCCAACAGAUGGCUCAGUGAUCUGUAAGGUGUCAUAUGCAUCCGUGGCGGAUGUGGACAGAGCGGUUAGUGCAGCCAAAGAGGCCUUCGACAACGGGCCUUGGGGUAAGAUGAACCCUCGUGACCGUGGAAGGCUGCUCUACCGUUUGGCUGACCUGAUGGAGGAACACCAGGAGGAGUUGGCAACUAUUGAGACGAUUGAUUCUGGUGCCGUUUAUACUCUGGCCCUGAAAACACAUGUUGGCAUGUCCAUUCAGACAUUCAGAUACUUUGCUGGCUGGUGCGACAAGAUCCAGGGAUCAACGAUACCCAUCAAUCAGGCCAGACCCAAUCGCAACCUCACCUUUACAAAGAAAGAGCCUCUGGGUGUUUGCGCCAUAGUGAUCCCUUGGAAUUACCCACUUAUGAUGUUGGCAUGGAAGAGUGCAGCCUGUCUGGCGGCGGGAAACACACUUGUCCUGAAACCUGCUCAGGUAACCCCACUAACCGCGCUGAAGUUUGCCGAGUUGACAGUCAAAGCUGGCAUUCCCAAAGGAGUCAUCAACAUUGUACCAGGAUCAGGUGGUCUGGUCGGGCAGAGGAUGUCCGAUCACCCUGAUAUCCGUAAGCUGGGUUUCACCGGCUCUACUCCCAUAGGCAAACAAAUCAUGAAAAGUUGUGCAGUCAGUAACUUGAAGAAGGUUUCUCUGGAGCUAGGCGGUAAAUCUCCCCUCAUCAUCUUCAGCGACUGCGACAUGGACAAAGCAGUGAGAAUGGGCAUGAGCUCUGUUUACUUCAACAAGGGAGAAAACUGUAUUGCUGCUGGCCGGCUGUUUGUUGAGGAGUCCAUUCAUGACGAGUACAUCAGGAGAGUGGUUGAGGAAAUCAAGAAGAUGAAGAUUGGAGAUCCUUUGGAUCGCUCCACAGAUCACGGACCUCAGAAUCACAAGGCUCACCUGGACAAGCUGGUGGAGUACUGUGAGCUCGGCGUGAAGGAGGGAGCAACGCUUGUGUAUGGCGGGAGACAGGUGGCCAGACCAGGCUUUUUUAUGGAGCCCACAGUCUUCACAGAUGUAGAGGACCACAUGUUCAUCGCCAAAGAGGAAUCAUUUGGCCCUGUUAUGGUGGUAUCCAAAUUCAAAGAUGGUGAUGUAGAUGGAGUUCUGAGCAGAGCCAAUGACACAGAGUUCGGCCUGGCCUCUGGAGUCUUCACCCGUGACAUCAACAAGGCCAUGUAUGUGAGCGAGAGACUGGAGGCGGGAACCGUGUUCGUCAACACCUACAACAAAACCGAUGUGGCGGCUCCCUUUGGAGGCUUCAAACAGUCUGGGUUUGGGAAGGACUUGGGUGAAGAAGCCCUGCACGAGUACCUGCGGACUAAAGCUGUGACGGUGGAGUAUUGAAUGAAACCUGUGGUGGAAAAGACUGCAUGGCCCGUGACUGCAGCUGGUGGCAAGUGGCUGGACUGUCUUGAAGCUGGUUUGAUAGGAAAAGCAUUUCCUGCCAUGACUACACUGAUGUGCCUACGUUUUUUAUCGCCCUUUUUUCUGGAAAUGUUUGGAGUGGGACAAAUGCUGACUCGCCAGUUUACACUGGCUAACAAUGUUUUAAAAUGGAAAAAAUGGCAUAAGACCUCCAAGUGGACCUAAGGACACAGAAUCAGCCACAAAUCAGAUCAAGCAUUGUUUUUAACUAGUAAACACUGAGGUAUCAUACUGAGAUAAAGUGAAGUAUCAGACUGAGUCAGUUUCAGGAAGUAACCACAACACUAUAGUGAUCUUGAGCAUUUCCUAAUCAUGUUUCCAGAGACUAGUAAUUUGUCUGUUCAUGCUGAAUGUGAAACUGCUGCGUGAUGCUGAAACCAAGAUAGAAACCAAGUAAGCAAAAAAAUGUCCUGUCGCUCAUAUCACAGCUGGUUAGGACAAAACUGCUUAUUUACACAACUGUUCAAAAGUUUGAGGUCAGUAAGAUUUUAUGUUUUUGAAAGAGGUCUCACCAAGGCUGGAUUUAUUUGAUCAAAAAUGUAAUUUAUUUCUGAUGCAAAGCUGAAUUUUCAGCAUCAUUAUUGCAGUCUUCAGUGUCACAUGAUCCUUCAGAAAUAAUUCUAAUAUGCUGGUUUGCUGCUCUUGAAAUAUUUCCAAUCAUCAAUUGUUGGAAACUGUUGUGUUGCUUCAUAUUUUUGUGGAAACUUUUCAGAAGAACAGCAUUUUUUGAAAUAGGAAUCUUUAGUAACAUUAGAAAUGUAUUUUAGAAGUACUGUCAAAUUUCAUCAUUUUAAUGCAUCCUUGCAUAAAAGUAUUAUUUCUAUCAAAAAAAAAAAAAAAACUGACCCCAAAUUUUAAAUGGUGGUGUUCGUGGCCUCAGCAUGUUUCAGUUUUUUAAGCUACUCAGCCAGUUGCACAUACACACAGUGUUUAGUUUUACAUAUAUAGUCUUGUAUUUAAAAGCCAUGUUGCGUCUCUGCCACUUUAUGAAAUCUGUAUUACCAUAUUUGUACAUCCCAAGGGUUUUAAUUAUG